UGGAAGAUCGACGACAAACCAGUGAAAAUUGACAAAUGGGACGGUUCAGCUGUGAAAAAUUCCUUGGACGAUUCUGCCAAAAAGGUUCUCCUGGAGAAGUACAAGUACGUUGAAAACUUCCGCCUGAUCGACGGCCGCCUCAUCAUCUGCACAAUCUCAUGUCUCUUUGCCAUUGUAGCUUUGAUUUGGGAUUACCUGCACCCCUUUCCUGAAUCUAAACCUGUUCUUGCCUUUUGUGUUGUAUCCUCAUAUAAAGAAAAGAGCAUUUUCCUUGUAGCUCACAGAAAAGACCCUGCGGGGAUGGACCCCGAUGACGUUUGGCAGCUUUCCUCCAGUCUCAAACGGUUUGAUGACAAGUACACCCUGAAGGUGACGUUCAUCAGCGGCAGAACCAAGCAGCAGAGGGAAGCCGAGUUCACCAAGUCCAUCGCCAAGUUCUUCGAUACCAACGGCACGUUGGUGAUGGAGGCCUAUGAGCCCGAGGUGUCCAAGCUGCACGACAGCCUGGCCAUGGAGAGGAAAAUCAAGUGACCUGGAAUGCUGCCGGCUCCCGGGAAUGUGCUCAGUGAACACCAAUAAAGCAAAACGACAA